AUGGGAAUACCAAUAUUGGACAAACUCGAGUUGGAUCCCAGAUUUCAAAAACAGUAUGAGUUGAGUCCCGAUUUAUUUUAUAGAGUAAAUGAGUUGGGGCUAUCCUAUUUGCGUUACCCAAAAGACAACGCGUGGAGCCAAAAACUCGGAGGAGCUUUUUGUAGAAUAUGUGUUUUAUUUGGAAGCGAUGAGGGAAGUCGUAGUCGUGUAAAACUAGGAAAAUUAGUUACAAUACCAUUAUCUCUUUACAAAAAAGCAAAAGAAAAUUUUAAGGCCCAUCAAAAUAAUGACUACCAUAAGAAUUGUGUUUUUAAAUCUGAUAAUUUCAUAAGUGUUAUGAAUGGAAAAAUACAAAAUAUAGAAACAACAUUAGACACUGCUAUGACACGUAAAGUUGAACAAAAUAGGCAAAAAUUAAUCCCUAUUAUUGAAACCAUACUAUUUUGUGGCCUACAAAAUAUAUCCUUACGCGGUCAUAGAGAUGAUGGUUCUAUAUAUUUUGUUGAUGACAAUAUCAAAAAUCAAAAAGGAAAUUUUAAGGCUUUAUUAGAAUUUCGUAUUAAUGCUGGAGAUCAAAUUCUAAAAGAGCAUUUCAAAUCUGCAACAAAAAAUACUACCUUUAUUACUGAUAAGACGACUGACGUAAGUAUUUCUGAACAAUUUUCAUUUUGUGUUCGGUAUUUUGAUUCGAACACAUGCUCAAUACGGGAACAUUUUCUUAGAUUCACAAAGGUUGAACAUUUAACUGGUGAAUAUUUAGCUGACACCAUUAUACAAAUAUUAAAAGAAAAAAAUUUAGAUCUUGCUCUGCUUCGAGGACAAGGAUAUGAUGGUGCCGCGAAUAUGAGUGGUGCGUUUAAAGGAGUACAAUCUCGAAUUGCAAGUUUACAGCCUCUUGCAUUUUAUACUCAUUGUGCCAACCACAGAUUAAAUUUAAUGCUCAGUAAAGCAAGCACUGUACCUUCAAUUCGCAACACAGUCGGAAUAAUAACAAAUAUUUAUAACUUCUUAAGGGAAUCUGCUUUAAGAACUCAACUUUUGAGUGAAAAAAUUUCAGAACUUUUUCCGCAUCAAAAAGCAGUAAAAGCUAAAAAGUUGUGUGAAACACGCUGGGUCGAAAGACAUGAUGGAAUUUUACAUUUUUUGGAAAUAUUACCAGCUAUAAUAGUUACAUUAAACGAAUUAAGCCUUAGCAACCAUACAGGAAGCAAUGCACAAUCCCUAUCUGCAGCUAUUUACGAUAAAAUAUUGAAUGCGGCUCAGACAUAUGAAGCAGAUUUACCUCAUAGUAUUGAAGCACUACGCGGCGAGUUAAAUUUAUGGAAACAAUUUUGGAAAAAUAAACCAGAAAAGGCUGAUUCUUCAAUGGAAGCUUUUAAAUAUGCAUCUAUGUUUCCUAAUAUGAAAUAUCUUUUAACAAUUCUUAGUGUGAUACCUAUAACAACAACAAGUGCUGAAAGGUCAUUUAGUUCUUUAAAAAGAAUUAAAACUUACCUACGAUCGACAAUGGGCCAGGAAAGACUUAACGGCUUAGCAAUGUUGCAUAUAAAUAAAGAUAUUCAAGUAAAACCAAGAGAAGUACUUGAUGUGUUUGCUAAAAAACAUAAACGAAAACUUCAAUUCGACCUAUGA